AUGUUCCACGUCAAGAGGCAGGCUGAGGAUUACCAAACUCGCUUGCGUUUUGAGGGUGUUGAUGCCGCUUUCACCGUUUGGGUGAACGGAUUCAAACUGGGUUAUUCUCAAGGCUCGCGUAAUCCUAGCGAAUUCGACAUUACAGAUGUCAUUCAGCCUGAUAAAAAGAACAUAUUGGCCGUCGAGGUGUACCAGCGGUGUGAUGGAAGCUACAUCGAGGAUCAAGAUCAAUGGUGGCUAAGCGGCAUCUUCCGGGAUGUAUACCUCCACUACUUCCCAAAGACAGCGCACGUGGAAGACAUCCACGUUCAAACCGACUUAGAUGACGAGUUCAAAGAUGCAAAGCUCUCAGUUGAAGUCAAACUCAACUCCAAGGCUACAAUUAGUUUGAAGCUCUUUGACGCAGAUCUAGAAGAAGUUGCAACCAAUUCUAUCAGUGACACCUCAAGUCCCUCCUUCAACGUCUCCGUGAAGAACCCCCACAAGUGGACGGCAGAAACACCUUAUCUGUACUUUCUUGCACUCGCCGUUAACGACUGUCAUGUUGUCCAGCGCGUCGGAUUCCGCCAGACCGACUUGAUAAAGGGCGUUUUCUGCGUGAACGGGAAACCUAUCAAGAUCAGAGGUACCAAUCGGCAUGAGCACCAUCCAGACUCCGGACGAGCAGUCCCGUAUGGAUGGCUGAAACACGACCUAUUGUUGAUGAAGCAUUACAACAUUAACGCCAUUCGCACUUCGCACUAUAUCAACGACCCGAGAUUGUAUGAUCUUGCUGACGAACUAGGUCUCUGGAUCCUCGACGAGGCCGAUCUGGAGUGCCAUGGCCUGGGGGUGAUUGGUGGAGACGCAGCCAAGUUUGCGUCAGACAAUCCCGACUGGAAAGAAGCUUAUGUCGACAGAGCCAGGCAGAUGGUAAUGCGUGACAAGAACCAUGCCUCAAUCAUACUAUGGUCUCUUGGAAACGAGUCCUUCUAUGGAAAGAACCAUCAAGCCAUGUACGACUACAUCAAGAGCGUUGACAGCACACGACUGGUGCAUUAUGAAGGCGAUUGGUUCGCUCAGACCGCGGACAUAUACAGUAGGAUGUACAGUCCGCAGCAAGAGAUCAUCGACUUUGCACAAGAGAAAGACUGGAAGAAACCUCACAUCCUUUGCGAGUAUGUUCACGCUAUGGGCAACGGUCCGGGCGCGAUCAGAGAGUAUAUCGAGGCUUUUUACAAGUAUCCUCGUCUGAUUGGAGGAUUUGUUUGGGAAUGGGCGAAUCAUGGCCUGCGAACCAAAUCCGAAGAUGGCGAGGAGUACAUGGGAUACGGCGGUGACUUUGGCGACGACCCGAACGACCGCAAUUUCGUCAUGGAUGGCCUCUGCUUUUCUAACCAUACUCCAACACCGGGUUUGACAGAAUAUAAGAAGGCUGUAGAACCCGUGCAGACCCUAAGCAUUGAUGGAAAUGAGGUGACGAUCAUCAAUCGUUACGAUAUCGUCUCUCUUGACCACCUCAUUUGUGAUGCCUGCCUUGUGACGGAUGGUGAGAUCAACGACAUAGGGGUUGUUGAGAUACCACAAGGACUUGCACCACACACCACGGGCCAAAUCAUCAUCGAUGAAGAGGCUCUAAAACAAGGUCCUCCAAAUAAGGAGUCGUACCUGAAUAUUACUUUCAGACUUCGUGACUCGACCAACUGGGCACGAGCCGGCCAUAUUGUCGCCACUGGACAACUACAGCUCAAGCCUGCAGCCAGCAUCUCCCAUCUACUUGGCAUCGCACCCAAGAGCAAUCACACCAGACAACUCAGGGUAACAGAAGGUGCUGAAACUCUCAGCAUAUCGAGCGCGGCGACUGAUUGGGAAUUCGAUCUCGCCAGGGGAGAGCUGUGCGAAUGGUCUCGACGCUACACCGUCGACGACCUAUACUGCAACCAUCUCGCCGAGCCGCUGACAUUCGCCCUCUACCGCGCGCUGACGGACAACGACGCCGGCGGCAAUGCCCGGGGCGGGGAGUGGCGGGCGCGCCGCAUGCACCAGGCCAGCACGCACGUCGUCUCCGUGUCGUGGGAGAUGAGCGCCGCGCGCGACCUCGUCGAGGUGGUCGUGCACGGCCGGAUCGCGCCGCCCGUGCUGGCCUGGUGCGUCGAGACCAAGACGACGUUCCGCUUCACCGCCGACGACGCGGUGCACAUCUCGGUCAACGCCAAGCCUAAGGGCCUGCUGCUCCCCGGCACGUUUGCACGCUUCGGGCUGACUGCCGCGCUGAGAGACUGCGAGAGGGUUCGCUGGUUCGGCCGCGGGCCUGGCGAGAGCUACCGCGAUAAGAAGCUGAGCCAGCUGGUUGGGAACUGGGAGGAGAGCGUCGACGGCCUGUUCGUCGACUACGAGUAUCCCCAAGACGGCGGGAACCGCACGGAUGUCAGGUGGGUCGAGUUUCUCGGCCCUGAGCCGACUGUAAGAGGUGUGGACCGAUCAAAGGAUCUCGUGCGGUUGCUCCGCGCUCGGUAUGGCGAUCUCGACGGUGCGAGUUUCAAUGCCAUGCACUACACCACCAAGGACUUGGAUGAGUCGAAACAUCCGUACGAGCUGCAUAAGCGGAAGCGGGAUGAUACCGUUAUCAGCUUGGACUGGGCGCAUCAGGGAUUGGGGACAGGUUCCUGUGGCCCGGCGACUCUGAAGCAGUAUGAACUGAAGACCGAUCAAGAGUUCAACUACGAGAUCAUUUUGGAUUGA